AUGAAAUGGAAUCAAACCAACUACCACCAAUCAGCCCCAUUAAAUGCCUUUAAAAAUAAGAAUGCUACCUUCGAUUGGACACAAUGCCAAAAUGCAUUCGAUAUAUUGAAACAACGAUUAUCACAAUAUCCACUGUUGGCAUUUGAUGAUGGUAAAUCAAAACUAACACUAAAAUUAAAUACGGAUGCAUUCAACUGUAGUCUUGGUGGUGUUUUACAUCAAGUUAUGGAAGAUGGUAAACUUAGACCAAUCCAAUAUUUAUCAAGGUCAUUAUCACCCAGAGAGAAGAAGUAUUCAACAGUAGAAAAAGAAUGUCUAGCAUUGCUUUGGUAUCCAGCUCACAAACCCGACGAUGUUGCUGAUCAACAGUUAGAUUUAAUGAGUGGACAACAUUCGCACUACGACAAUGGCCAUUACUUCUCGAUUUGA